AUGCCGCCUGCCCGCCACACACGUGGCACUCAACCGACAUCUAUGGGGCUAGGACACCACUUCGUAAGCCCAAAGAAAGCUCGAGACCCUAAAAAAACACAAACUCUUGUUCACAUUCCCGGCAUCAACUCCAAGCAUCAGCGCCUCCUCGACCAAAUGGCUGCGUUGAUGCAGCCCCAAGUUUCGACCACUGAAACCCCCACCUCUACUGAGUCUCAAGCCCCGAUGGAUAUUGAGCACACCGCUGGUCACGUUGACGAUACGCUAAAUUACGACUACGAUGAUAACGAUUACAUCGCCGAGGAGGUAGCCCAGCCUGCUCAAGUAGCGUCUUGCCCUACAAAUGUGCCUAAGGUAGACCUUGGGCGUCGCCGUCUCUUGCCCAACAAGAUGGCUAACAAUCUAUAUAAUGCUUGGAAAGUGCUUAUCCCGACCCUGGUAGAUCCUCAUCUCAAAUAUUCUACAAGGACACAUGUUACAAUAACAUGUAACCGAGAACCCCUCCUACGGAGGUCAUCAUGA